AUGCCUCCGCUAGCCCAGCUGUGCGCACUCGCGCUGCAGUACCGCUGUGACCUGAGCCAAGAGAUGGACCAGAACAUCCGCUCGUGCUUUCACAGCAGCCGCGUCCCCAGUAUCUCUCUCUGGGACUACGUACGACGCUUUGCCAAGUACUCUGUCUGCAGCGAGGAGUGCUUUAUCUUAGCCAUGGUUCUGAUGGAUCGGUAUGUCUGCAAGACCAAAAUUCCUAUCACCCUUCGCAACGUACAUCGGCUCUACAUCACCGCCAUGACGCUGAGUGUGAAGCUGCGUGACGACUCCUAUUACAGCAAUGCCUACUACGCCAGUAUUGGGGGCGUGGUGAAUGCGGAACUAAAUGUGCUGGAGUUAGAGUUGCUCGAUAUUGUGCAGUGGUUCACGUGGGUGGAGAAGUCCGUGUACGAUGCUUACGUAGCUCGGCUAGAGGUACUCUUCGGCGAUGCGAUGCCGAAGCGAUUGGUAGCAUCACCGACUAAGUAG